AAUAUUGAGCAGCCCAUCCCCAAAUGUAACAAAACCCUAGUUCCCUCUCUUUUAAAAGGAGAAGGAGGAGGUGGCAAGGUGCGGCUGCCAAACCCGAAAAAAAAAAAAAGAGGAGAAAACAGAAAAAAAAAACUUGAUUUUUCUCCCUUCUGCAGAUCCACCAUCGCCACCAUCACCUCCGUUCUUUCACCUCGGAUCUUCACCAUCCCUUUGCUGAUCUGGUUUUGUUUUUUGUUUUGUGUGGGUUUUUUUGGUUUGUUUGCUUAUAUGCUUUGUUUGUUUGCUUUUUCUUGCUCUGUUCGGUGCAGAUCCGGCGGCCUUCUUUCUCCUCCGGUGGAUCUGUGGCGACGCGCGAGAGGGCUGCCAGAUCUGACGCCCACCGCGGCUCUCUUGCUGGUUCCGACGGUGUCACGCCCCAGAACCCAAAUCUGAGGCGCGACAGACGCCGUGCACUCGUGAGAGGGUCCCACAAAUGCACAAGGCUCGGAACUUAUCCAAUUCACAAUCUGAUACCACCAAAUCUCAAGAUAAAAUUUUUUACAAUCUGCUAUGAUAUCAUAAAAUCUCCAAAUACACUCUAGCUUACAGGACCAUAAUCUGUAUCAAAUUCCAAGUGGCUAGCCUUCUAACUCGUCACUCCCCCCUUGGUUUCCCGUCCUCGGUUUCGUUUCCUGAAAUGGUGGACAAGGAAAACUAUGAGAUAACUCAGUAAGUAAAUAUGGAUAGCCCUUGGGUAAAACUUUUA